CUUCGAGACGUAAACACUGUUCUGCUCGCGUCUUUGCUUGUUUGAUCUUCAUCCACACAAAUUUGCAUUUCAUCCGCUAGUAGCAAAUACUUUGAUACCCUCAGCCUUAUACCAGCAUCUACACCCCCAGUACAGAUAUUAAGUCACAACUGCCAAAAUGUCUGUCGUCUCGCUUCUCGGUGUCGAGGUCAAGAACAACCCCGCCCAGUUCGACGCGCCUUACGAGUUUGAGAUCACCUUCGAGUGUCUCGAGCAGCUGCAGAAGGAUCUCGAGUGGAAGCUGACCUACGUUGGCUCCGCUACCUCCAACGAAUAUGACCAAGAACUUGACUCCGUCCUCGUUGGCCCGCUGCCUGUGGGUGUGAACAAGUUCCUCUUCCGCGCUGAUCCCCCAGAUCUGUCCCGCAUCCCGAACAGCGAGAUCAUCGGCGUCACAGUCAUCUUGCUCAGCUGCAGCUACGAAGACCGAGAAUUCGUUCGCGUUGGUUACUACGUCAACAACGAGUACGUCGAUGAGGCACUGGCUCUUGAGCCUCCCGCAAAGCCUGUCAUCGAGAAGGUACAGAGACAGAUCCUGGCAGAGAAGCCGCGUGUCACACGCUUCGCGAUCAAGUGGGAUUCCGAGGAGUCUGCCCCACCUGAGUUCCCUCCUGAGCAGCCCGAGGCCGAUCUCAACGCAGAUGGCGACCAAUAUGGAAUUGAAGAGGAGGACGAAGAGGAAGAGGAGGCCGAGGGUGCCGCUGUGGAAGGCGAAGAUGCCGCAAUGGCUGGCGGUGAGGAGACUGCAGGCCCUGCAGCCGAGGAAGAGGAUGGCGAGUCAGACGGCAGUGAGGACAUUGAUAUUGAAGACUCCGAGGGCGAGGACGAGGAUGAAGAGGAGGGUGGUGACGACGACAUGGAGAUGGACGACGGCGAGCAAAAUGCUUCCAACGGCGACAAGCAAGCCCAGCAACAGCCCGGGAGCGUACAGCAGCACAACCCGGAUGUGAUGGUUCACUAGGCGUGGGCGGCGGAUUGCAGUCACGCCGUGUACUGAAUGUCUUUAGAAUUGGGUUUGGGUUUGUUGCUGAGUUCACGAGCGCGCAUUGCAUGGACGAAAUAUGAUCACAGAU